UGUGAAGCCAGCAGCGUUUCUCUCCCACGCUCCCCGCCCUGACAUUCUGACUGGACAGAGGCUGGGAAAAGAUGGAGUCAAAUGCAGAGUGAAUCUUCUGAAAUCAUUUAUGAGGAAUCCAAGAUGAAUUUGGAGCAGGAGAGGCCUUUCAUCUGCAGUGCUCCAGGAUGCUCCCAGCGCUUCCCAACAGAGGACCAUCUGAUGAUUCAUAGGCACAAGCAUGAAAUGACUUUGAAAUUUCCCUCCAUAAAAACAGACAACAUGUUAUCAGAUCAGACUCCGACCCCCACGAGAUUCCUGAAGAACUGUGAGGAGGUGACCCUCUUCAGCGAGCUGGACUGCUCCUUUGAGCAUGAAUUCAGAAAGGCUCAGGAAGAGGAGAGCAGCAAGCGGAAUAUCUCAAUGCAUAAUACAGUUGGUGGGGCCAUGGCGGGGCCUGGAGCUCACCAGCUUGGCAGCACCCGGAUGCCCAACCACGAUACCAGCGUUGUGAUUCAGCAAGCCAUGCCGUCACCCCAGUCCAGUUCUGUCAUCACACAGGCACCUUCCACCAACCGCCAGAUCGGGCCUGUUCCAGGCUCUCUAUCUUCUCUUCUACAUCUCCACAACAGACAGAGACAGCCCAUGCCAGCCUCCAUGCCUGGGACCCUGCCCAACCCAACCAUGCCUGGAUCUUCUGCUGUCUUAAUGCCGAUGGAGAGACAAAUGUCAGUGAACUCCAGCAUCAUGGGCAUGCAAGGUCCAAAUCUCAGUAACCCCUGUGCUUCUCCCCAAGUCCAGCCAAUGCAUUCAGAAGCCAAAAUGAGGUUGAAGGCCGCGCUGACUCACCAUCCUGCUGCCAUGUCAAAUGGGAAUAUGAACACCAUGGGACACAUGAUGGAAAUGAUGGGCUCCCGGCAGGACCAGACGCCGCACCAUCACAUGCACUCGCACCCACAUCAGCACCAGACGCUGCCGCCCCCUCACCCCUACCCACACCAGCACCAGCACCCAGCACACCACCCUCACCCUCAGCCACAUCACCAGCAGAACCACCCGCAUCACCACUCUCACUCCCACCUCCACGCCCACCCAGCACAUCACCAGACCUCGCCACACCCGCCCCUGCACACCGGCAACCAAGCACAGGUUUCACCAGCCACACAACAGAUGCAGCCAACCCAGACAAUACAGCCGCCCCAGCCCACAGGGGGACGCCGGCGGAGGGUGGUGGACGAGGAUCCUGACGAGAGGCGGAGGAAAUUUCUGGAACGGAACCGGGCAGCUGCCACCCGCUGCAGACAGAAGAGGAAGGUCUGGGUGAUGUCACUGGAAAAGAAAGCAGAAGAACUCACCCAGACAAACAUGCAGCUUCAGAAUGAAGUUUCCAUGUUGAAAAAUGAAGUGGCCCAACUGAAACAAUUGUUAUUAACACACAAAGACUGCCCAAUAACAGCCAUGCAGAAAGAAUCACAAGGAUAUUUAAGUCCAGAGAGUAGCCCUCCCGCAAGUCCUGUCCCAGCAUGUUCGCAGCAGCAAGUCAUCCAGCAUAACACCAUCACCACUUCCUCGUCGGUCAGUGAGGUCGUAGGAAGCUCCACCCUCAGCCAGCUCACUACUCACAGAACAGACCUGAACCCAAUUCUUUAAAGUGCACGGCUCAGACCUUGCCUCCAAGAAGAGCUGUAGCAUAUCAUGCAUCCUUUCUCUUAAGGGCAUUUUUAAAAUUCACUCAGACCUGGAAGACUCCUCAGCCCUUCAAAGACUGGCUUUCAUUUUUAUAGUUACUAUGGAAAAUGUUGUCUUUUAUACUUAGUUAUAUAAGAAAAAAGGGAGUUAUGCAAUUAAUAUCUAUCAGCUUGGGAAAUGCUUUGGUGCUUUCCUCCAAUUUUCUGGUACCAGUUACUUGUUUAUAAACAGAAUCUUUUCUGUAUAUAGCCACGGUUUCCUUCUUAUCAGUCUUACCCUUUGCCUGAAACAAUGGAAUCUUGUUAAAUCACACAGCUUUUAGCCAAAAUGAGGCAUACCUAGAUGUUAAGUGAGCCGGAUCCAAGAUAACUGGGUAGGAAAUCUGAUGACAUCAUAAUUCAUGUUGAGUUUGGGCUGUGAUGUCACCAGAAUCCCAGACAACCUUUCCAACAAUUUUCUCUAACUACAAAAAAUUAUAAGAUCCACCCAUGUCCUAAUAAAACCACCAAGCAUCUCCCUACUCUCCUCCUCUGUGCACUUGCUCCAAUGUCCCAUUUUCGUCUUCAUUCCCACCUUGUAUCUUGAGUUCCCCAUUGACUCUUCAUUUGAACUAUCUCCUGCCCCACCCCGUUAGCACUGCAUGUGAAGAAGAAAGUAAUGUUAAAAGAAAAGAAGAACAAACCUCAGAAAUGCAGAUCUCGCCAUUGCUUCACUUGCCUGUAACCUACAGCUGGAGCUCAUUCAACACUCGCUUUUCACAAAAUAGUAACCAGGAGAUGUUUAAUGUGCCUGAUUUAAUGUUUUUAAUAAUCAGAGCAAAUAAAAAGGUGGCUUAGUUAUAGGUGAAGCACUGUUGAGUGCCAGCUGUGGAGACACUGGGGAAGGGAGCUUUGUAAGCCCCAAUUGUGAAAGUCCAAAUUAUGAUGCGGGGCUAUAACAUCAUACCCUUGAGUUACAACUGGUUUUAUAUGGCCUGUCUAUAAUGUUGAAAAUCCAUGUACUAUAUAAUAACUCAGAAGGGCUCUAUUCACUACACAGAUUACCUUGUUCAGUCAUCAGCUGCUAAUAGCCUAAGAUUUAUUAUUAUUUUUUUUUCUUAAGCCUAUGGAACCAGCCCUGCUGUUCUGGUGGGUGAAAGCAGACCAACUACUGGACAAACAAAGAGAGAAAGCAAGUUCAGU